AUGAGCAUAGUUCCCACAAACAAUGAAGUAGCAGAAGUCACGAAAGAUGGUCCAAAUGAAGGCCCACUAAGCUUACUAUCUGAAUGUGUUAGGACAAAUACUCAGAUUCUGGUAAAUUGCAGAAAUAAUCGCAAGAUACUUGGCAGAGUGAAGGCUUUUGACCGUCACUGUAAUUUAUUAUUGACUGAUGUGAGGGAAAUAUGGACUGAAGCUGUUAAGACAAACUCAAGUCAAAAAAAGAAAUCGUCAAAUCGCUUUAUAAACAAGGAUCGUUUCAUAUCAAAACUAUUUGUCCGUGGCGAUUCAGUAAUACUUAUUCUAAAAAGUCCAAAUUAG